UAUCACUAACUAUACUCUACUACUAUUCAACCCUCUCUUAGCCAUCUUUACAAACAACUUAAUUCUCCACACACUUUAUAAUUCCAUAGACAUUUCCAAUCUAGUAGACAAUUUGGAGAUGGAAACAGAAUCAUUCCUGAAUAAACAGGUGAUAUUGAAAGCUUACACAAAUGGAGCUCCAAAAGAAUCAGAUAUGGAAAUCGUGUCAAACAACAUAAUUCCUUCUAAAGUUAAGAAUGGAUCGAAUGCGAUUCUAAUGAAGAAUCUCUACUUGUCUUGCGAUCCUUUCAUCUCCAUUCGCAUGAAGAUUGGAAAUCCUGGUGUCUUCCCAGCUUAUACUCCAGGCUCUGUUAUUAGCGGUUAUGGUGUUGGUAGAGUGGUGGAUUCUACUAAUGCUAACUUCAAGAAAGGCGAUAUGGUAUGGGGAAUAACGGGAUGGGAAGAAUACAGUCUGAUUACAGAACCAGAUUCAUUGUUUAAAAUUGAUUAUAAAUGUGAUAUUCCUUUGUCUUAUUAUGUUGGAAUUCUUGGUAUGCCUGGUAUGACUGCUUAUGCCGGUAUUUAUGAGGUAUGUAAACCGAGAGAAGGUGAAUAUGUGUUUGUGUCGGCGGCUGCCGGCGCCGUCGGACAUCUGGCCGGACAGUUUGCAAAGCUUAUGGGUUGUUAUGUCGUCGGAGCUGCCGGUACUAAUGAAAAAGUUGACUUACUCAAGAACAAACUUAAAUUUGACGAUGCUUUUAAUUACAAUGAAGAGCAAGAUUUAGAUGUAACUUUGAAAAGAUGUUUUCCACAAGGAAUAGACAUCUACUUUGAUAAUGUUGGUGGGAAGAUUCUAGACGCCGCGAUCCUCAACAUGAGGGAUCACGGCCGCAUUGUUCUUUGUGGGAUGAUAUCUCAAUACCAUCUCGACAGCUACGAAGGAGUGAAGAACAUGAUGAUGGCCCUAUAUCGAAGGGUUCAUAUUCAAGGACUACUUGUGUUUGAUUUCUUUCACCACUAUUCAAAGUUCUUGGACAUUGUAUUGCCCCUCAUUAAGGAAGGAAAAAUAACCUACAUUGAAGAUAUUGUCUAUGGCCUUGAUGCUUGUCCCGGUGCCCUUGUGGGACUUUUUAAUGGGUGCAACAUGGGCAAACAAUUGGUUGAGGUUUCUUCGGAAUGAUCCAUCCAUUCUUGGUCCCAAGUGAAGUGUCCUCGAGUUGGCCAUUUGUAUUGAAUAAAUAGUAUGUAAUGAAUAAUAAAAAAUUAGAUUUUAUUUUAAGUGUUAUUUUCGAGUUUAUAAAUUCAUGGAGAAUAUCUACAAAGAAACUACUUGUAGAAA